CAGAAUUAGACAUCUAUGUACAUUUCACCACUAGCUACACACAUAAUCAUUGAUUGCUCGCUUGACUACUUUCCAUCCGAAAUACUCGUAGCAGCUCAACGACGAACUGCAGUGAUAUUUGAUAUCAGUUAAUCUACUCUGCCUCUGAUGAAAACGCCUGCGCUAAUCUCCUCUUCCACCUUUCUCGCAUUUGUAAAUGCACAUGAAAAAAAAAAUGGAAAUAUGAGAAAGAAAGGAAAAGAAAAAAAAAGAAGAAGAGAAAAAGUCUCAGAAAAGAAAAAGAGAGUCCAUGACAUGCUUAUACAAGAUUUCCCAACCGUAUCGCCCUUUUUUUAUACCUCUUACGUCUCGUCUCAUUGUCGCAAAUACCCUCCUCCCUCUUCCAGUUUCAACUAGUAUAUUAAAUGUGGUAUCCCAGGUUUGUACAAAGGGGGGUGGCGCCACCCCUCAUCUGCAGCCAUAUAGUCUUCG